CUCUCAGCAUAUUGAAGAUAUUACUCAACUCUCUUCUGGAUUUCAUUGAUGCCCCUAAGAAGUCAGCUUUCAGUCUGAAGGUCAUGGUUUUAAAGGCAGAAUACACCAAGAGCCCAAGCACAACCGUUCCCUCCAAUGUUCCCUCAUGCAGGUCCCUGUCACCCACUGAGGAUGGCCCCAGUGGCCAUUCCAGUCUCUCAGAUGGGGAGUUGGCCCGGAACUUACAGGAUAGCGUCAAGCACCGCAUCCUCUACCUCUCCGAGCAGCUGAGAGUGGAGAAGGCCAGUCGGGAUGAGAAUACUGUGGGCUACCUCAAGCUGGUGUCCAAAGCCGACCGGCACCAGGCCCCCCACAUCCGGCAGGCCUUCGAGAAGGUGAACCAGCGUGCCUCUGCCACCAUUGACCAGAUUGAGCGAAGGCUCCGUCAUUGUCACCAGCAGCUGCAGGAGCUGGAGGAAGGCCGCAGGCCCAAGGGCUUAGUGCCGAAGGCAGAAAGCAGCCUGGACGAGUGCAAGCAGCCCAGCCAGAAGGCGCCGUCCGCAGAGCCUCCCAACCCAGGUGGGGAAGACAGCCUGUCCACCAGCCUGCCUGACAUUGGAAGACACUUGCCCCUGGAGAGUCACUUCGCGGCCUCACAGCAAGGGAAGCCCUCAGAGACAAAGUGCGUGGCCCAGCAGCGAAACCUGCUGUUGCAGAAGAUGAAGGAAGACCUGAAAGAAGUCAGGGAACUCCACCUUAGCCUCCAGGUGUCCUAUGAAAGCCUAAAGGAGAAGCAUCUGACGGACCUGCAGGUGUUACUGGAGUCCCUUCGGGAAGAGAAAUGCAGACAAGCGCUGAUGGAAGAACAGGUGAAUGAGCACCUGCAGGGGCACCUGGAUGAGAUUUACCACCUCAAACUGACUCUGGCAUGCACGGAGGAGAAAAUGGCCUAUCUGUCCUAUGAGAGAGCCAAGGAGAUAUGGGAGGUCAUGGAGACUUUCAAGAACCGUAUAUCUAAGCUUGAAACUCUACAGCAAGUGACACAACUGGAGAGGAUGGAGAACUUCAGGAUCCGUCCACAGAAGUUUAUGUUCCGAUUCGUGAGCCUGCUCCUCACACUGGCCACCAUCUUCUUGGUCUUCAUCUCCACCGUGUGCGCCUGCCCCUUGCUGCUGGUGAAUUCCCGCCUGCGCGCAUGCACCACACUCAUGCUGAUUGGCCUUGGGGCCCUGGCCUGGCAAAAGUGGCAUGCCAUCCCUGCCACAGACUGGCAGGCCUGGGUCCCGUCCAGAUGGAGACUGUAUUCCAAGGACUCCAAGCCUCUAUCAGACGGGACUUAA